AUGCUGAUCGUGCUGAACACGCGGCCGCCGUUCCUGUCGGGAACGAUCCAGUUCACGCGGCAGAAGGAAAUGGUCAGCAUCGUGAAGGACCCCACCAACGACUUCGCCAAGCUCGCUCGUCUGGGCAGCGCGACGCUGAAAGCCGUCACGGCGGAUAAAGAACGCGAGCGAAUUCGAAAUAAGGACCGGUUCUGGGAUCUGAACUCAUCGAAGAUGGGCAAGGCGAUCGGGCUGCGUCAAGUGAAGGACCGCGCAGCGGCGGGGGAUAUGCAGACCGAUGAGGAGAUGAAAAAGGACAACAGCUAUGCACAGAACAUGGAGGACAGCGGGCAGGGGAGCAGCGAGUUCUCGCGAACGAAGACGAUCCAAGAGCAGCGCGAGUUCCUUCCGAUUUUCUCGGUGCGCGAGGAACUGCUCAACGUGAUUCGCGAGAACCAAGUGGUCGUGAUUGUGGGAGAGACCGGCUCGGGAAAAACGACGCAGCUCACGCAGUAUUUGUACGAGGAGGGCUAUGCGAACGACGGGCUGAUCGGAUGCACGCAGCCGCGUCGUGUCGCGGCGUCCAGCGUCGCGAAGCGAGUGGCGAACGAGAAAGGCGGGAAGGUGGGAGACUUGGUGGGCUACGCGAUUCGAUUCGAAGACUGCACGUCGCCUGCCACGAAAAUCAAAUACAUGACGGAUGGUAUUCUGCUGCGAGAAAGCAUCAGCGAUCCCGCCUUGGAGCAGUACUCCGUGAUCAUCAUGGAUGAAGCGCACGAGCGAUCCUUGAACACCGAUGUGCUGUUCGGAAUCAUGAAGAAGGUCAUGCAGCGACGAACCGAUUUGAAACUUAUCGUCACGUCCGCUACCAUGAACUCGGAGCGAUUCAGCGACUUCUUCGGCUCCGUUCCCGUGUUUACGAUUCCCGGCCGCACGUUCCCCGUCCAGACCUUCUACCAGAAAUCGCCGCCGGACGACUAUGUGACGGCUGUGGUGAACCAGAUCCUCACGAUCCAUCUGACCUUCGACGAGGGCGAUAUCUUGGUGUUCAUGACCGGCCAGGCCGAUAUUGAUUGUGUCUGCGACUUGGUAAACGAAAAGCUGAGCAAGCUGGAGAAGAAAGCGGACCCUCUGCUCGUGCUUCCCAUGUACUCGCUGCAGUCUGCAUCCAAGCAGGCCUUGGUGUUCAAAGAAACGCCCAAGGGGUUCCGCAAGUGCGUGGUGUGCACGAACAUCGCCGAGACCUCGCUGACCGUCGACGGCAUCAAGUACGUCGUGGACUCGGGCUUCUGCAAGCUGAAAGUGUUCAACCCGUCGAUCGGAAUGGAUUCGCUGCAAGUCACCCCCGUUUCCCAGGCCAACGCGGACCAGCGCGCGGGCCGAGCGGGCCGAACGGGUCCCGGCGUGUGCUUCCGAAUGUACACCGAGUACAUGUACGUGCACGAGACGCUGCGGAACCAGGUGCCCGAGAUCCAGCGAACCAAUCUGGGGAACGUGGUGCUGCUGCUGAAGAAGCUGGGCGUGGAGAAUCUGUAUGACUUCGACUUCAUGGAUCCGCCCCCCGAGGACAACAUCACCAACUCCAUGUAUCAGCUGUGGGUGCUGGGCGCGCUGACCAACACGGGCGGGCUGAGCGAGCUGGGAGACAAGAUGGUGAACUACCCGCUGGACCCCUACCUGCAGAAAAUGAUGGUCAUGGCCGAGAAAAUGGGGUGCACUGCGGAGAUCGUCGUGAUCGUCGCCAUGCUGUCGGUUCCGAACAUCUUCGAUCGGCCCACCGAGCACGAGGAAGAAGCCGACAACAUCCACGCCAACUUCGCGGUCCCGGAGAGCGACCAUCUCACCUACCUCAACGUUUUCUUGCAGUGGAAGCGCGCCAAGUACAGCAUGGCUUGGUGCGAGCGCAACUACAUCCACGGCAAGUCCAUGAUGCGCGUGCGCAGCGUGCGCAACCAGCUGCUGGAGCUGAUGAAGCAGCAGAAGGUGGAGCACGUGUCCUGCGGCAACAAUUGGGACAUUGUUCGGAAGUGCAUCUGCUCCGCCUAUUUCUUCAACGCGGCGAGGAUCAAGGGCAUCGGAUCCUAUGUGAACAUGCUCACCGGCACGCCUUGCCAGCUCCAUCCGUCCAGCGCGCUCUACAGUCUCGGCUACACGCCCGAUUACGUCGUGUACCAUGAGCUGGUCAUGACGACCAAGGAGUAUAUGCACUGCGUGACGGCCGUGGAUGCGGAGUGGCUCGCGGAGCUGGCGCCGAUGUUUUUCCAGAUCAAGGAUAGUCAUCUGGCACAACUGAAGUCGAAAAAGCUGGAGAAGCAGCACCGCGAGGAGAUGAGGCAGGAAAUGGAGGAAGAGGAGCGAAGGAAGAAGGAGAUUAAGGAGGAAGUGAGGACCCCCUCGACGGGCAAGCGCAUUGCCAUCGCGACGCCUGGGAGAACGCUGCAGAGGGGAGGGCAGAUCCGGACUCCCCGCCGUAUUGAACGUGGUGUACAACCCGUCGCUGCUCCCGCCGCUGGCGCAGCAGCCGCUGCUGCCGAACACGCUGCUGGGCGCGGGGGAGUCGCUGGUGUAUCCGCUGAAGCCGCAGAGCGCGAAGCGGCCCUUCGCCGGCGUGAGCGAGGCCUCCGUGUGCCCCAGCUACGUGCCCAUCCAGCCGGGGUUCGAGUACGCGUCGCCCGUGCAGCUGGCGCGCGGCGGACCGGCCUUGCCCUCCUUGGUGGGCUCCGCCUACGGCGUGCCGCCGCCGCUGUUCCCGGGCCGGCAAGUCUCGCUGGUGCCCGGGUAUUUCUCGCAGCCGGUGAACGGGAAGGCCGUGGAGUUCCCCGCGGCGCUGUACCAGACUCCCGCGGGGUUCGUGGGCCCCGUGGUGGCGCUGCAGAACGACGGGAAGCUGGCGGUGCAGGGCGCGCCGACGAAGGUCGCCAAGGCGGGCGUGGUCCCGCAGAACAUGCAAGCCGCCGCCGCAGCAGCAGCAACGACGACCACCGCGGCGGCGGCCGCUGCUGCGACGCAGAACGGAGCGAUGGGCGCCGUGGGCGCCAUGGGGACUGUAGGAGCCAUGGGAGCGAUGGGAACCGUCGGAACCGUCGGAACCGUCGGAACUGUGGGGUCGAUGGGUGCAAUGGGAACCAUGGGGACCAUGGGGACCAUGGGGACCAUCGGAACGAUCGGAACGAUGGGGACCAUAGGGUCGAUGGGGUCCGUGGGAACUGUGGGAACCGUGGGGUCCGUGGGAACUGUGGGAACACAGGUGCCGACUCACGGAAAUCGGCCGAUCUUCAUCCCGACGAUCUCUGCAGACGAGGAAGGGAAGAUUCUGCCCACCAAUUAACGAUGGACAGAAGGAUGGAGGAGUGGAACGUGGAGUGCUUGCUGAGCGAUCGAUUGCGUUGCUCGCGUUGA